AAAUCACUUGUAAGAUUGAAAAGGGUAGUAAACGGGUGAGGGGAGCCUGUUGUUACUCGUCGGGCUCUCGAUGGUCUGGAGCCCGGCUUCCACGUAAAGGAGCGAGGAGGGGAGGGGGGAAGUCCCACCCUCCUCAAUCACAUGCUGGCUGCCUAGAGCAGCGAGAGCCGGGCUGGAGGAACCGGACGCCGGGAAGGCGGCUCGAGCGGUCGAUCGGUGGGAACGCGCUAAGGAAUGGGAAGCCGCAGUGUCUCCCCCAUCCCGGCUGGCGGGCGGCGGCGGGACAACGGGCGCUGAAGCUGAGGGAGGAUGCGAUAAGGCUGAGCCCCAGCCGGGAGCAAGACGGCGCGGCCACCCCGCACCCUCGCCGGGGCGGGAUGAGGGAACUGCUACCCGGCUUGGCUCUGUUCUGCUUACUGGGCUGGCUGAGUCUCACCUCGGAGCCCGGGGAUCCCUCGUCGCCGCCGCCGCCCGCUGCUGCUGCUAAAACUUUCCGAAGUCUUCUCGCUGUUUCGCUGCAGGAGGAGGAAGCGACAGGGACAACGAGGAGGGGCGGCUCGUUGCCAGGACGGACCGGGAACGAGUUGGUGGAGCAGGGCGUGUUCUGGAGCGAGCGAGCCGACCGCUUACCGUCCGCCGGCUUCUCGGAGAGGCACGUCCAGCGCUGGCAGCAACGAGCCCGCUCUUCGCGCCUGGUCAGCCUGGAGAAGGGCUGCGGGAGGCUGUCCAACCGCCUGGCUACCUUCGCGGACGGCAGCCGAGCCUGCGUGAGGUACGGCAUCAACCCAGACCAGGUUUUGGGUGAGACCCUGUCCUUCUACCUGUCCCGCCUGCUAGGCGUCCGCAACGUGCCCGCCCUGGCGCUGUCCCGGGUCAACGCCAACGCUGAGCAGUGGCUGAGGGUCCGACGCGAGGUGCAGGCGGCGCCCUGGGCGGACCGGCCGGUGGUCAGUCUGUCCGAGUGGAUCGGCAACCUGAGCGACGUGGUGAGUCCGCCCUCGCUGCGGGCUGGGGUCAGGGGGCUGCACCCUCGGGCGGACGAGCUGGCCAACGUGACGGAGCGCCAAGCGCGGGAACUAGCCCAGUGGUCCGACCUCGUCCUCUUCGACUACUUGACGGCCAACUUCGACCGGCUGGCCAGCAAUCUGCUGAGUUUGCAGUGGGAUUCGCGGGUGAUGGAGCGGUCGACCAACAACCUCCACCGAACGCCCCAGGGUACCCUGGUCUUCAUCGACAACGAGGCGGGGCUGGUGCAUGGCUACCGGGUGUUACCCAUGUGGGAGCGCUACCACGAGUCGCUGUUGAAGACCCUGUGCAUUUUCCGCAAGGAAACGGCUAGGCGGAUCACGGAGCUGCACCGUUCCCGGGAUGCCGCCGGCCAAUUGUUGGCCCUGUAUCUGGCCAGCGAGCCGCUGGCCCCGCAGCUGGGUUUCCUGUCCGAGGAACACGCUCAGAUGGUGCAGGCCAGGACUGACCGCCUGUACAAACACAUAAUGCAGUGCAAGGCGAAGUAUGGACAAUAAGCUUGGCAGGGGUUACCCUUUUUUUGGCGACCUCUUCCUCCUCCUGUUAAGCCCUUGACUCCCGACUCCCUUCGGGAGGGGGUUUGUUAACUGGGCGGUGUCCCCGUGCGAGGUGGGAAGGGGAAGCAGCAAACAAUCAAACGAAGGAAGUCAGCGGGUGGAGCAGCAACUGUGGGGAGAAAGUAAUUGUCGACGUUUCAUGUCUAAAGCCUAAAGCAAAACCUCACCACAGAUGCUAAUCUACCUUCAGCAGAUUGCUUGUUGCUCCAGAUUUCGGCAUCUGCAGUUGCUUGAGUCUCCAACGUGCCAAUGGGCAUCUCCCUGCCAUUGAAGAUCGACCUGCUCUUGCCGGCAGCUGAGGGCUAACGUUCCAUUUUCAGAUAACUUGGGAAGGAAUCGAGCAUGAGCUGAGUCUGCUUAGAGCUCUGGUGUGCCAGAGUGAACUAUGUCUAAUGGAUUGGAAACAACAAGAGGCAAUACGGCCGGGACGAGGUCGAAGGCGCUCGACAGAGGAUGGCGCUCGGGAGGCUGCAUCGGAGGGGCUGGUCGGAGGCUCGAAGUUUUCAGAUGGACGGACUCAGUGUCGGCUGUGGUCGGCUGCUUCCAAUGCAUCAGCAAAUUGUCGGUGCCUGGAGAUUUAUGGCAGGGAGUUUCUCUCUUUUGCCGCCUGCUGUCGGGGACUUGGGAGUCGAUCGGGACUUGAGACUUUUUUUUACCGUGCCCAUGGUCUGUUCUUUAUCAAAUUAUGGUAUUGCUUUGCACUGCUGUAACUAUAUGUUAUAAUUAUGUGGUUCUGUCAGUGCUAGUCUUUGGUUUGUCCUGUUUUUCUGUGAUA